AUGGAUUGGAUUGAGUUGGGGUUGUGUUCAAGAUCAGGUGUUGUUGUUGCAGACGAAUCCUUAAAAGCCUUCAAUGAAUUGAAGUUGGGUAAAAAAUACAAAUUCAUUUUAUUUGAAUUAAACCCAUCAAAGACUGAAAUUGUUGUUAAAGAAACUUCAACUUCAACAGAUUAUGAUGAAUUUUUAUCAAAAUUACCAGAAAAUGAUAGUUUAUAUGCUGUUUACGAUUUUGAAUAUGAAAUAAGCGGUGAAGGUAAAAGAUCAAAGAUCAUUUUCUUUGCUUGGUCUCCAGAUACCGCACCAAUUAGAUCUAAAAUGGUUUACGCUUCAUCAAAAGAUGCUUUAAGAAAAGCUUUAAACGGUGUUGCUAGUGAUAUCCAAGGUACUGAUUACACUGGUGCUUUUGCAAGUGUCACUGGUGAAGGUGCUGCCACCAGUUCAAGUGCUCCAGAAACUUCAAGUGCUGCUGCUUCUUCCUCUGCUGCUGCUACAACAACUUCAAGUAAAGCUGCUGAAUCUUCAUCUGCUGCUCCAGUCACCUCUGAAGCAAAAUCAACAACUGCUGCUGCUCAAUCUUCAAGUAAACCAGCUUCAAGUGAAGUAGCUGUUAGUACUUAUGAAGGUGCUGCUGCUAACAAUGGUCAAUCUUUAAUUGCAUUGAUUGUUCCAUUUGUCUUGGCUGCUCCAGCUUUACUUUAG